UCUUUCCCCUCACAACAGAGAGAAGCUGAUCGAUCAGAAAAGGUGAUCGAAUCAAGCCAGUCCGCCAAAAAACAGAACAGCUUUCCACGCGAGGUCGAGAAGCCUCUCGAACCUUCCGGAUUCCCUCAAACCCUAGCUUAAACCCUAGCAUUCUCGCCCAAAUUGGCGCGGCGGCCUCUAUGGCUGAAGAGGAGAAGGCGGCGACGGCGGAGGGGGACGCGACGGAGGACGUGAGCGACGUCGACGACUCGCCCCUCCCGGCGUUGAGGCGCCGCGCGGCGGCGAGCGACGACGAGGAGGGCGAUGGCGGCGGCGGUGGGGGGAGUGGUUCCUCGCCGCCGCCGAGGGUGGUCUGGUCCAAUUCCGACUCCGACGAGCUGGGCGCGGCCGAGGUGGACGGCGAAGACGAGGGUUCUGAGGAAUGCGAGGAGGUUCGCAAGGAGUUCGACGCAGGAUCUGGGGGCGGUGGAGAGGCCAAGGAAGUGACGCCGGAUGAGGUGGCUGCGGCGCCGGAGGACGAGGGGAAGUACGAGGAGGAGGAGGAGGAGGCCCAGGCUGAGACGGGAGCCGAACUGAAAGAAGAGGACAAGGAGAACAAGGGGUUCGAGCCCGACGCCGUGCCGAGAACAGGUGCCUUCUACAUGCACGAUGAUCGCUUCCAGAACAAGGAAAACCGCGGCCGCGGGCGCCAGAGGGACUUUUCCGGUGGCCAAAAGUUAUGGAAUUCUAAAGAUGACAGCGUAUGGCUGCAUGAUCGGUUUAAUGAGAUCAAUACCCAUGAUGUUCAACAUGACAGUACAAGGAGGCCAAGAAGUCCUUUUAGAGCUUGGGCUGGUGGUAGAACUCAUGAUGUUAAUCAUGAUCGGUUUGAUGAGAUCAAUACCCAUUAUGUUCAACAUGACAGUACAAGGAGGCCAAGAAGUCCUUUUAGAGCUCGGGCUGGUGGUAGAACUCAUGAUGUUAACCAUGAUCGGUUUGAUGAGAUCAAUACCCAUUAUGUUCAACAUGACAGUACAAGGAGGCCAAGAAGUCCUUUUAGAGCAUGGGCUGGUGGUAGAACUCAUGACGCUAACCAUGACCGGUUUGAUGAGAUCAAUACCCGUUAUGUUCAACAUGACAGUACAAGGAGGCCAAGAAGUCCUUUUAGAGCAUGGGCUGGUGGUAGAACUCAUGACGUUAACCAUGGUUAUCUAGAAGGAACCAAAUCCGCAUCAUAUUAUCAUGAUUACAGAGCAGACUACAAGUAUGGGAGUAUCAACAACUACAAUAGAUUUCCAAAAGAGGCCAAAACUUCCUAUUACAGCGCCAAGAACUACAGAAGUGUUCCAAGAAAAUCCCAUUCGUACUAUGACGAGCAGAACUUUUAUAAUGCUCGGACAGAAUCUCGUAUCUGUUAUGUGAAUGCUAAAGGUCACAACAAUGCACCAAAUGUUAACAGAGGGAAACCAUCAAGGCCCUACCAACCUACCUGGAAGAAUACUUUCCAAACCUCUUCAGUGCAAAACAAUAGGACAUAUUCCAGAUCACAGAAUGAGGAGGGCUGUUCUGAUACAGGUGUGGAAAAGAACUCACAUCGAACUUUAAGUUUGCAGAAUGAACAAGAGUUUACGUCAAAGCAAGAACCCCCCUUUGUAGAAAGAAGGAAAGCACGACCUGACAUUUUAAGUAAGCUCUUCUCAUCCUCUGUUCGAAUGGCACAUAGUUCUCUGAAACCUCAAUCUCGUUCCAGUUUUGGAGUGAAGGCAUUUGCUCCAUCUGGUGAGCAUGGAAAUACUGCUGGUUCUCUUAGUAUGGUAAAAGGCAUGCCUAACCUUGGUUCUCACUCAACUGUAUCAACAUCAAAUAGCCAAUAUUCAGAAUCCAGGGAUCAAGGAAGUGGUUUGAACAUUGGUGUCCCCACAAAGAACAAACUUUCUACUCAGAUAUUUCAUCAAAACAUUGCCAGUGCCAGCAAAAUUCAGUCUCAUCCACAAAAUACACUGAUAAGUUCAACUGAAGAUGCAGAGACCAGUCCCCCUCCUGGGUCAAACAAUUCUUUAGCACCAUCUGUUAUAAUAGUGCAAAAUGAUAAGGUAGAAGCAGUGAGUGGCUCUCUCCCUUGUGGUGGAGGUCAUGCUCUUGAUGUUACAGGAGCAAAGGACCUUACUCUUGGCACUCCAGCAGUAUUGCCAGUUAUGAAGUUUGGUGAGCAGCAUCCUAGGGGACCUGAUAUCCCAUGCACUGCUAUGGCUUUCCCAGGACUUUUGGCUCAUCAACCCAGUGACAAUUCUGAGCUUAAUAAAAUUACUUGGCUGCAAACAUUGUCUGGUGCUACUGGGGUUCUUGGGGCAACAUAUGAUCCUUCUUAUAUUGGCAGUCAUUAUCCCCAACCAUCAGUAUUCCCAAGAUACCAUUGUGUGACUGAAGUUCCUGUUUUGUUGAACUCCCCUGAAAUACCAGGUCAUGAGCUUGGCCAGCGCAAGAACAAACUUCUCAGAUACUCAGAGAUGAACUUCGCUUCAUGAACAUGGUUGGACUGUUUAAGUAAGCAAGUCCUUUUGCUAUAGUCCUGUCUCCUGUGCACUGGCCUGCUCCUUCUGCUGGGUCUGAUCUCUCACCAUGAUGAUCCCAAGGUGGCAGUUCCGAUCCGUGUACUCUUGCUCCUGGUCAAGAGAAGAUGAUUGGGUUCUAUAUAUUCUAUGGUUAUGCUUUCAGCUCAAGGCGUAGUGUUGUAUGUACGCAUGGGCAUCGCGAUGUGCCUGUGUUCCAAAAUGCAUAAUUCCACAAGUGGUAGCGCCAAUAAGCAAGCACAUUGUCACAUGGAGGGCUUGCCAGCUUGUCUGUCUGUCCAGCCCCCUUGUCAAACCGGCUCAUGACUCUGUCUUGCACCAAAACAAAAGCUAUAAUAAUUGUAUUCAACAUCGGGAGCUGCUUCGGACUUUUGAGCUAUAGCCCACUUCUAUACUGCCCGGCGCUGCUGCUUAUAUGCAUAUAUAUUCUCAUCCCUUGCCUCAUUCCAAGCGCUUGGCUUUGCUUUGGUAGGUCUGCUCGCUCAGCGCGCGUACCAGCUUGUCUCUUCUUCCUCGUCGCCUUAAAAGGGUCUCUGCGCUUAGCAGUGCGCUUUUCACUUCACAGCUUCACUUCUCAGAGACUUCAGAGAGGGAGAGAGAGAGAAACCGUGGUGAGUGAGAUAGAGAUAGAGAGAGAGGAGAGGAUGGGGAGGAAGCUAGGGCUGGACAGGGUGAUGGACUGCUUCUCGCUCUCCGUGUGCGCCAACGCUUGCGUCUGCGUGCACGCGGUGGAGGACGAGGACGAGGAGAACGAGGGGAAGGCC